GCGAGGGCCGGCAUGGCGGCACGGCGGGUAGGGGUGAGCUCCUGGCAUCGAGUGCUGUCGCUGAGCGGGCGGUGCGGCCGGUGCUCUUCUACUAACACAGCUCUUGGGAAGACUAUUGAAAACUCAGAAGAUGCUCAAGAAGAAAUAGUGCUCCCACGAAGGAAAACUUGGGAUAAACUAGCAGUUCUCCAAACAUUGGCUUCUACUGUAAAAAGGGAUCCUACUGCUGCUCAUUAUAUGUUCCAGGAUGACCCUUACCUUAUGCCAAGAAAUUCAGCCACUGCUCGUCUGUUUUCGUUGUCGAAGGAGUCUGGGAGAAAUGCUGCCAAGUAUAUUAUUAAGGAAUUUCCUCACUUUUUUGACAAGAUCCUUGCUGAACCUAACAUACCAAGUUUGAUGCCUGAGAUUUGUACACCUCAGAUUGAAGGUGUGAGUGAGGAAGCUCUGAAAGAGCGCAUCAACCUCCGAAUGGUGAAAGCUUCAGUGGACCUGUUUGAUCAGCUCCUGCAAGCAGGUACGUCCGUGUCUCUGGAAACCACGAACAGCCUUUUAGAUUUGUUAUGCUUUUAUGGAGAUGGAGAAUCUACUCAGGAAAAGGAAUCUGAAGAAAAAGAGGAUUUGGAAGACGCAGAGGUGAAUGCUUCAGAGCUGGAGACUCCAAAGAGGCCUCCCCAGAGAGGAUCGCACCCAUCUGCCUCUAGAUGGAGGGAAAACAACAAUGCUGAAAGGAUAUUUAAGGUAAUGCCGGAGAGGAACGCACACUCCUACUGCACAGUGAUCCGUGGCAUGGUGAAGCAUGGGGCUUCUGCUAAAGCUUAUGACAUGUACACAGAACUGCUGAAUGACAGGCACAGGGCUGAUGUGCACACCUUCAAUGCACUGAUUACAGCAGUCCCGUUUCUGAAGGACAGGUUCCUGGAAAGAUGGGAAUUAGUCAAGAUGUUCCUGAAUCACAUGGCUCAGCAGGAAGUGCAGCCAAACGUGCGAACCUUUAACGCUGUUCUGAAGACUCUGAGGAGAUGUGGUGGUGUAGGCAGAAGUAUGGCUGUGCCAGUAAUGAAGGAGAUGGAAGCACUUGAAAUUGAGCCUAGCCUUGCAACGUAUGAUCAUCUUCUCUCCAUAUUUUAUAGAACUGUUGAUCUUGCCCCAUCAGGCAUCAUCUCCGAGGUGCUAGAUGAUGUUGAAAAGAGGAGCUUCACUCCCCAGGACCCUGAUGAUGCCAAAUUUUUUACCAGUGCCAUGCAGGUGUGCUGUGAUCUUAAGGAUAUCAAGCUUGCCUAUCGUUUAAAUAAGGCAAUGGAGAAGGGAGACAAUUGGAAGUUCUUGGACAUGGACCGGUUAAAUUUGUACUGGUCAAGAUUCUUCUCGUUGUUGUGUAUGAUGGAACAAAUUGAUGUCGUGUUGAAGUGGUACAAAGAGAUGAGCCCUUCGCUCUUCUAUCCAAGUCCUAAAAAUAUCUUGGACCUCCUCCAAGCCCUGGAUGCAGCCAACCAAUUGGAAGUGAUCCCUUCAGUCUGGGAAGAUAUGAAACAGCUAGGGUUUAGUAAGAGACGAGAUCUUUUGGAAGAACUUUUGUCCUUGAUGAGCAGGGAUCAGCACCCUGAAGAGAUUCAGCAGGCAUUUGCCAAGUGUGCAGAAGAUAUCAAAACGGUCCAAGAGCAAUCUGGGAAGGAUCAGGCCCCAGUGGAAUGGACAGGCAGUGCACUGGGCAGUGUCACUGUGGUGUUUUCCAGGGCUGGGAGAACCCAGGAUGCUUGGAGCAUGAUGGAGCGUUUCCAGCAAAUCAAUAGGAUUCCCACUGACCUGGUGAUGGAGGAGUUCUUGAACUGUGCUAAACAAACCAAUUCUCCCGUUGAGGCAAUUAAGCUGGUAAAGCUGGCAGUGUCCCUUGGUCUUCCUUCAUCGCAGAAGCUAAAAAGCAGAGUAGAGAAGGAAUUUGAACUCUCUGAAAACCAGAAGAAGGCACUGGAGAGCAUCCAGUCAGACAGUGACAGCAGCGACAGCGACAGCGACCAUGAGUAGCUGGCCUCCCUGCCUUCCCUUUGAGAAAAGCUGGAGUGCUCCAGUGAGAAACAUGCUGCUUUCUGGAGGCUGCUCAGCAGCACAGCUUGUUGGCAGCUCGAGCAGCACUUUGCUGGGACCUCCUGGGACUUCACCAGCACUAAUUUAAUUCCUUCCAUGCUGACUUCACUUAAGUAUGAAGUUUACUCUGUAUGUAAAUGCUGUAAGUAACGUGGUAUUCGUUGUCUGUGGUGUUAAUUCUCAUCCGUUUCGUGUUGGGACAGGCUUUGGACUGUAGAGGAGAAACUGCCACUUGUUUCAGCCUCUGUACAGCUGGAUGCUGUGUCUAAUAAAUGGCUGAAUUCUGGCAAUCUCUGUCCAAAAAGUGUUGGUUACGAAGUGCUGCUGAUCUGGGAGAGGCCACGAGGUAACCUGUUCUCAGCUUGCAGAGGAAUCUUGGUAGGCUUUUUGAGGUAAUUUAUUGUGAACUUGCAAAGGUCCUUUUUCGGAUGGUGCUGAAAAAUAUCCCAGUGGUGGAGGAGUUAACAGCCACUUCCCUUCAUAAAAAAUAAAACCUUGGUGGGUGUAAUGCUGCAGGAAAAGUCCUGACUGCUGUGAAGGCAGCUUAGGGAUCAGUCAGUAAUGAGACUGGGAGACAGCAGCUGCUAAAGGUUGAACUACAACUUGAAGUCUGAAAGUGCUGUUUGCAGAACAGUAAAAGAUUUGUAAGGCUGAGUAAAGCUGUUUGAAGGCAGUGUUUGCUCUAGGAAGUAAAUGUUCACUGGUUAGGGGCAUCAAAGACAGAGAGCUCCUGUUUGGUGCCUUUUCUACCACCAAUUUAACAGAACAGCAAGUAGCCAAAGCCACAGCCAUUCACUUCAGCUACUGGGUGCUGAGUUUCAUCACUGCCUUCAGUGCUGCUGAGAAUUAAGGCAGUGCUGGGAGCCAGGGAAGGAAGGAGCUUGUUCUUUGUGGUUAGUGAGGCUGAACUGAAGUCUGGCUUGUAGCCUGGUGCACGUGCUCUGAAACUGCAGAACGGGUCUAAUAAAAACCACACAGGGUAGGUGUCCACCAUAAUGCCUGUUCUACAUACGUUUGUCAAAGUUGUGCUCACAAAGCAGUGAAUUCUGAGAACAGGAUUAGUACAGAGAUGAAGCCUUGUCUUCUUCAGCUCACUGAGAAAAGCAGUUCCUGCAUGGCAGCUGUCUUUGCUAUGAAGGAGGAAACUGAAAAGCAGGGAGAGUGGUUGAAGCCUUGUUUUAUUCAGCUGACAACAUGGCAAAUCAAUAAUGAUAGGUUACAAACAUUUUGGUUGGAUCACAAGCCUGCUUGAUAAGAUGGGGAAACAAAAUAGUUACACAAAUUGUGAAGAAGCUUCCUGAAGUCGGUGGUCAUGAUAACGCAAAACCAGUACAAAUACAACAGGUGGUAAAUUAAAUACAGUGCAAGGAAACAGGACGGGACCCACGCUUUGAUUUAACGCUUCCAGCCCGCCCCCACCAGCUGGUUGGUUUGCAACCCUUAGGAGCUCACCCUUGGAGGUCAUUGGGUUUCUCUGCAGCGUGAGCAACUGCUGAACUGCCUCUGCACCAACAGUCCAAGCUCACUGCACUUGAGUUGUUCCCAGCCCCACAGCGCUGGCGUAUGCUGUCAGGAUAUCCACUAUCUGUUUGGUUUCGAGGGUCAUUCGAGCUUCAGUCAGCCAGUCGUGUGCAACUCUCCUGGACUCUCCUCUUAACUGGUUGACGAAUUUAGCUGCCAGCUCCAGAUCUCCGUGUUCAAUGCAGUAGGAAGCGUAAGACAGUAAUUUAAAUGUAUCGAGGUCAUCGGGGCUGAGCUCGGUUGGCGGCUUCAGCUGUUGAGGAUGGAACACAAGAAGGGACUGCAGGUACGACAGGAAGUACUGAUACAAGCUGUUUCUUGUUUCGUCAAUCAUAGCCACUCUUUUUGCCAGUUUUUGGACUGUGUAGAAACGUGCUCUGAGGGCCUCUUCGCUGUACACCCCUCGUGUCAGAGACUCCUGGGGGAGGGCUGCUGUUAAGGCUUCUGUAAAGGCGUUGUCAGAGCAGCUGGCCUUGAUGGCCUUCACUGCACUCUCCAGUGGCUCUGUGGGGCUGUCACCAGAGGCUGUCUUCAUGCAGUAUUUGAGUGCCUCCACAGAAAGCCACAGCUGAUGGGCCUUUCUGGCCUCCUCUUCUGCUACUGCAUGACCUGCAAAGUAAGUCAAAGGGGCUCUCAGUUGGGGCACACAGACAGAAAAAACAUGGAAUACGAAAGCAACAAAAGCCAUGCCUCUGAACACUUCCUAAAGCAGCCACCCCCUUGCCACCUGCUCACAGCAAGUCUGUUCCACACCUCAGGGUCAGAGUCCCUGCCAACAGAGCAAAGCUGUGGCUUUGGCAGAACCAGCUUUGGACUCUGCAGCUGGGAUUUAUUGAGUACUCAGCCAAGGGCAAACCAUCAGCCACAUGGCUGAUCCAGUGUUCAGGCACCGGAUUUGGAUAAGAACCGUGACUGCUCCUUAAAGAGAUGAGAUCUCAGUGCUCACUCUCAACUGCUUGCUCAAUUCCUUUCAGCCUGGCGUAGGCAGUGUUUAUAUCCAGCGUGAAGUUGUCAAGCUGCUCCUGAGUAAGGCGUCGGAAUUGCAUUUCUUGCUCGCUGAGUUUCUCUGACAAGUUCUGAAAUAGAUAUGUACACCAUCAGGCCAGAAAGAGCUCUUUCUUUAACUAACUGUAUUCAACCUCUUUGUAAGAUAUGUUUCUGUAAGCUUUUGUUCUUGCUACAGACAACACACAUAGUAAAUACACUGGUAAUAAGUCUUUUUAAGGUGGUGAAAUUAACAGUUAAUGAAUUUCUAAUUACCAAAUUUUCACAUAUAGCCGAGGAGCUUAAGACAACUCAGCAUAAAACCUACAUGCUGAAGGACUUCUUCUCUCGCAGAUGAGGGCAUUCCCUCCCCAGCUCCCACUGAGUGUUCCAGAAGAUGGUUCACGUCUCCUCCAGCUGGAGGCUUCACCACCAGCAUUUUAGCCAAAUUCCCACUCAGCCCCUGGGGGAACUCCUCUGCCUCACCUGCUCGAAUUCCACCUUCAGUUCCUGUUCCUGGAUCUUAAGAACAUCCCGCAGGUGAUCGGUGUGGGCAGCUGCCUGCCGCCGGAGCUGCGUCCUCAUUUCGCUCUCCAUCACCUCUCGGACCUCUUCAACCUGCACACAAUUAAACAGCUGCUAUUGCACUGCACUUGUUACCCAUCAGAGUACAUUUUCAUAGAAGUGUUGCAGAUUUAAGCUCACAUUUCAUCUUACAGAGCUGUCAAGGGCCACUCUUACAGCUAAGCCUUUUCCUAAAGAUUGCAAAGAGCAGCUGUUCUAUAUCUGAAGAAGCUUCCCCACUCAAAACCUCCCUUCCACGCUUAGCAAGGCAGGGGGGCCUCAACCCGAAGCCCCCUGCUGCUCCCUGUGCCCCUCUUCAAGGUGAGUUCCACCACUUUACCUUCUUCUCCUGUUCUAUUUCAAUCUCACUUUUGUGAUGCUCCAGUGCUUUCGCCACAGCUGCCUCAAGUGCCUUUUUGUCUUCAAGUUUUUGCUUCUCCAGGGCCAACUCGAUGUGCUGCUGCUCCCUGACCCGCUGCUCAGCCAGCUCCUUGUUCAGCUGGUCGAUGCGACGAUGCGCGUGUGCAAUCAGAGAAUUCAAGUCGUCUGUUGACAGCUGCCCAGCUGAAAAACAACUGGACGUUAGAAAGGGCUGCAGAGAAGCUGCCCCACCUCCCCCUGGAGAGCUCCAAGGGUCCACACACGGUUGACCUGUGAGCACCUUUUAGGAGAUGCUGACUGGUGGUAAUGCCCACCCGAUGUUCCUUUCUGAACCAAAUCUACAAGUACUUCCUAUCACUUGGAGAAAAAUUACCAUAGUUCAGUCGAAUCAUUCACAUCUGUGAUUUAUGCUCUUCAGCAGUUCUCCAGGCCAACUGUUCACAGCCAGAUUUGCUGUUUGUUAUCUGGUGCAGCAGUGCUCGUGUCUGACCCGGAAGCUGAGCAGCACCACUAGGGAGCUCAGCAGUUGAAAUUACUGCUAUUAUAAAACAAAGCUGGGGUUUACCCCACUUCAGUUUUAAAAUUUAGUUUUCUUUGAUCAAAAGGGGGAAAAAAAAAAAAGAAAAUCAACCUCAGAAUCGAGAGUAAAUCAAUCAUGAAGAUGAAAUUCAAAUUCAGUCAAUCGAUUUGGUGACCUAGCUCAGAGCACCCAGGCAUGCUGGCAGUAUGGCAGGAGCUGGCCUCAAUCAGGCCAGAAGUUGGGCCUUCCAAUUAGAAUUAACCACUGUUAGUUAGAAUUGAUUAGUUUCUGUUUCUCAUUGGAAUCUCAGGAGCUCAACUGGUGACUGGCUGAAAUUAACAAAGCAAGUGGAAGAGUGGCUUUCAGAUGCAAACCACACUCACCUGGCAAGUGAGAGCUGCUAGGCAAAGUCUGGUUUAAGCUGCACAUGCAGAACUAGUGGGAAGGAUCCCAAAGCACAGCCCAGUCUGAAAUGUUUCAGGGAUACUUUUCACCACUUUGUUGACACUGUGUAUAAUUUAAAGUGGUGCACCACACAAACAUAAAAAAGGACAAAGAGGAAAGAGAGAACAUUCACAAGACCAGGAAAAGUUGCAGGAACUCACCUAGAUCACUUAUGUCUGCAACAGAAAGAGGAGAGGAUGGAAAAGUUAAUGCACAUUCACUAUAGCAGUCGGUCGUGCUAAAGUAAAGAGACAACUAACAGCUUCUGCUCUAGAAUGAUCCAAGGCUUCAGGAGUUUAAGAACAGCAUGCUGAUCUCUCUACGUUACAAGCAAGAUGUAACCUGAAACAUCCUCACCACAGCUGCCUUUGGAAACCCACAGAUGAACCUCCAGGUUCAGCCAAAGCGAGGAAUACAGGUUUGGAGUAAAGAAGUGCAACAGGACACAGAAUUUCCAGGUUCUUAGCAAUGAGGAGCAGUUGGUUAAAAGACAAAUUUCCAAGCAGCAGUGAGAGCCACUAUCAGGUCAGUCCUGUACACUUCGUAGGGUCACACUGGUGUGAAACUGAACGCCUGAAAGCUGCCAGGAGGUUCCCUCUCAGAAAAGUGCAGUGCUCACAACACUCAGGACGUCCUUCCCUUAUCCUGCAUUAGGAAUGGCAGCUCCAUCUCCAGAUCCCAAAAUCCUGUUUUCUUCAGAAUUAAUACCCCAGAAGAUUGUACAUAAGAGACAGCACAGCAAAUUGCAAAGUUUGUUAACCUAGCAAGUUUUUCUAACUUCUUAACAGUAAAGACCCUGAGCGUUCCAGAGACCUAGUGUUUUCAUUUAGCUUUGAAAGCUCGUUUGUGGACUAACCUUCAUGUUUCUAGAGCAUUAAGUACUAUUAAGAAAGAGGAUCACAGAUGUGGAGCUGACUUACUUAAGCCACAAGCACUUAAUUGUGAACCUGACUUCUUCCCUGCUUGCCUGAUGUGGUAUCUGAACCUUCCAACAACUCCAAGUGAUACAUUUAUCCCUCUAGUGAGGCUGAAAGAUUCUAACUGUACUUCUGGAUCACAUUUCUUGCUUCACUUUUUUCUUUUAUAAGGAAAGAAGGAAAGAAUUCCAGCUGAAAAACCCAAGCACCUCAAAAACAUGGGUGUGCCAGAUAUCAGACAUCAGACAAAGAACUGUAUCAGCUGGAAAACACCAUGCAGCCAUUCACUGCUUCUGUUACUCCAGAUCAGCUCUUGUGUCACUCUCAUUUAGAACUAACAUAGCAGGAUGGGUAAAGUAUGUAAAGAGCAGUGAAUUCGCUCUUUCAGUCAUUUAAAAAGAAUCAGGGAAUCCUGAAAGCAGACACUGUUACAGCUGCUCUAUGGUUACUGCACUGCCAUCACCCCAGACUUACUGAGCCCCUUCCAGCCCGGCUGCACAUCGGGGGUGAUGCUGUCGAGCUCUCUCUGAAACUCCUCUCUUGCUGUAGCCACAAGUUCGUGAUACUGAGCCACAAUCUUGGCCUCAGACUGCGCUGCCUGAACCUGUAACAAACAAAAAAGGACACUGGCUUAUCUUUCAAGGCAUGGAGACUUCAUCUAAGAGCAAACCUGAGUUAGUGGCAGAGAUCUUUAUCCUCACUUGGGGAAAAGCUGGCCUGUGAUAUCAAGCCUCUUGCAUAAAGCAAUUCUUCACACCAACUGCACAGAUCUACUUCUCCACAUGCACACUGUAACUUUGUAGUCAAUCUGUAGCCCAGAAAAAAACCAAGAUAGUAUCUUAAACUCAGUAGCUGCCUUUAAAGAUAUCCAGCUCUACUCCUUCAUUACAGAAUGUUUUCUGCCAUCAGAGCAGUGCUGCUAUCACACAGCCCCAGCAGGGAGCUGCCCAACCCUCGGUAAGUUCCCUACUGCCACUCUUAAGAGAAAUUCUCCACUGAAAAUGCAUCAGAGGAAUCAAUUAUCCUGCAAAGGGACAUGGUUUCAAUUUGGCUUUUCAUCCUCUAUUUCCUGAGCUGUAAAGUGAUCUACCCACAAAGUCAUCAGCAGACUCCUCCCCAACCUGAUCAUUAUAUAGGUGUGCCCCAGAUCCAAAGAAACAAGUUCCUUCUCAAGGUUAAAAAGUAACCUUCUCAGCAGUCAGCCCUAAGUCUCCCAUGCCCUGCCGAAGAGCCACCACCAGAACAACUGGAUACACUUUGUGAGAGGACCCCAACCAAUCUGCACACUGAAUGCUUUGUCUCAUCUUCCAAAUUCCAGUCCAGCAUCAGACAGAAGGAACUGCAAGCCGCCCAAGGAAAGAGCAGACACCGAACAAGCUGGCUGCACAAUCUUCUAGGAGACAGUUCAGGUUUUUCUUGCAAAGUCCUUGUCAAGUCUACCCACUGGUACCAUAAUCAGCUCAAAGAAUGACUACAGCUAAAGAUAACAUUUAGAAAAAGGAUUUAAACUAGAAAAUAUUUGAUCCACUAGAGAGGACUUGGAGAAAGGGGGACUCAUAAGCUGCCACGGAGUCCUCGUUCUAAUGCUGAUGAAGAACAGCUGAAGCAUUACCUUUUUCACUACGUUGUCCAAGUCAACUAUCAUAUGAUGAAGAUUUUCCUCUGCAGCAAUAAUGUGAGCUUUGGCUCCUGGGAUCUGAGACUUCUUGGCAUUCUCAAUUACUCCUUUUGUUUUCUCUAACUCCUCUCUGAAAAGAAAAGAAGCUGCUGAUUAUAACACAUAAUGGUCUUACUGCAUAACCCCAGAGUAAAGAUCACUUUAUGCUAUUUCUACAGGAAGAAAUCCCUGACAACCAGUGGGUGCACUGGUGAUGCUUUAAAAGUUGGACUUAGUGAUCUGAGAGGUUUCUUCCUAAAGAUUCUACCAGCCUGUACACAGCCUACAACUGUGCUGCUUCAAAGAUGUUCCCCUCUAUUUCCUAUUUGCCCCCUCAGCCUCAGAAGCGUUCAGGAGUUCCCAAAUUUAUUUCUAUCCUCACUACAAGAACAGCUUUUGUCCAUCAACUUACUUGUGCUGCUACAAUCACUGCAUAAUGACCUUAUCAGGUACAUCAGUGUAAUUUAUAGAGAACCUGAGGUUACGAGCAGUGCCUCGCUUCAGAACUCAGGUUUUCACUAAGCACCCAUCUCAGAAAUAUCCAGCCUUAUGGGCAGCUCUGCUGAAGGAUGGAACCAACAAACAGCGCUGUAAGAAUUUCACAUCACAGCUAGGAGAAGCUAAUGAUUUAAUUUUACACUGCAGCUACGAGAAGCUAAUGAUGUUACUGACUCAACAGACACACAGUGCAGCAAUGGAAUUCUUACAGUAGGCAUAAUGAUUAAAUUAUCCACAAUGAUAUUAAAAGGA